GUAGACAUGAACUUGCUUAUGUAACUGACGUUAGAUUACUGACCCAAUGAAUUUAUUUUCAAUGACACAGACUGAAUGUGGUCAGCAUAGCAGAGAGGUGGUGUCGGGAAGGUGGUUGACACGCCUUCAAAUUUUUGAGAUGAUCGAAAGUGUAUCGCGCAGAGCGUUGAGUGGCUCCAGUGGGAGCUACCACGUUCGUGGUGCUGAGUUAGCAAGGAAUCGUAGAUUGAAAUCUUUAUCCGCAACUGUUGUGUUUCUGGAUGACACUCAACACACGUUUCAGCUAGAUAAACGAGCAAAAGGUCAAGCAUUAUUGGAUUUGGUAUUCCAACAUUUAGAACUCGUUGAAAAAGAUUAUUUUGGUCUACAAUAUGCUGAAAAUGGGGCCACUGCAUGCACAUAUUCGCCCGAUAUAAUGAGAUGGUUGGACCCUACUAAACCAGUGAAGAAGCAGAUAAGAAGUAAGGGUGGGCAAUUCUACUUUAGAGUAAAAUUUUAUGUAUCCGAUCCUAGUAAAUUACAGGAAGAAUAUACUAGAUACCAAUUUUAUUUACAAAUACGAAGAGAUAUUCUACAAGGCAAACUUCAGUUACCGCCAAGUACAGCAUGUCUUAUUGCCAGCUAUACAGUUCAAUCUGAGUUAGGUGAUUAUCACCCCGAGGAACAUGGUCCAGGAUAUCUUUCCAGGUUACAAUUAAUACCAGGUCAGACAGAAGAAAUGGAAAAAAAAAUAGCCGAACUACAUAAACUUCAUAAGGGACAACUACCAGCUGAUGCAGAAUUCAAUUUUUUAGAUCAUGCAAAAAGAUUAGAUAUGUAUGGAGUGGAAUUGCAUAAAGCUAGAGACUCAAUGAAUAAAGAAAUACAAUUAGGUGUAACGUCCAUAGGUUUAGUAGUAUUUCAAAAUGGAAUGAAAAUCAAUGUGUUCUCAUGGUCAAAAAUAGUUAAAAUUUCGUUUAAACGAAAACAGUUUUUUAUUCAAUUGAGAAGAGAGCAGUCGGAAAAUUACGAUACAUUACUGGGUUUCAACAUGCAAACAUAUCGUAGUUCCAAAAACUUAUGGAAGGCAUGCGUGGAACAUCACACAUUUUUCAGACUUCACAGUCCCAAAAUGAGGCCGAGACGUUUUCCGCUUACUUUAAGUAGUAGAUUUACAUAUUCAGGACGUACAGAGUUUCAAACAGUCGAGGAUGGAAAACAUAGAGCAAGAGUAGAGAGAACAUUCAUACGGUCCCCCAGUAAAAGAUUGGUACAUGGAGUCACAUCAGGUCCAAUUAUAGAAGAGAAAGGAAAAUUAGGUAUGCCUCCUGGAAGACCUCCUAGGCCAUACGACAAUAAAGUUCAAUCUCUCGGAUCUCGUGAACCUCGUCAAGCUUGGGGCGAGGGCAAUCCUAGCGAUGACGAAGGUGGUUUUUUAUCUCUUCGAGAAGAAAUAACGGGUUCACAUACGCAAGGCAAUGCAUUUUCUCCUGUACUAGGUUCUAGAGUUUUAAGUUACGCGGACGAUGACACAACUGCGGAAAGAAAUAUUUACGAUCUUCCUGAUUAUAGCGAACCCACAAGUUCACCCGCUCCUCAGAUAGUUGAAGAUGGAUUAGUAACGAUAACCUUAACACCAGACGAACAAGGCCGAUUCGGAUUUAACGUGAAAGGUGGUUUAGAUCUUGACAUGCCUAUUUUAGUUUCGAGAGUAGCUCCGAAUACACCUGCCGACCGUUGUUAUCCAAAAUUAAACGAAGGAGAUCAGGUAGUUUACAUUAAUGGUAUAGACGUGAGUGGCUUACUGCAUGAACAUGUAGUAAAUCUGAUUCGUCAGUCUCGCGAUUCGGGUUCUGGUGAGCUGACGUUAACUGUUAGGCCGAAUGCUUUAUACAAUGCACUAGCUGGUACCGAUGAAACCUCCGAAGAAGAACCUCCGUAUAGAUAUGUACCAGAUGUGCCUCAUGCUACUAUUGGAUCGGAUGCAUUAGCACAGUCAAUGUUGCUUCUUGCCGAUGGUCUCGCAAGCGGUGCUUUAAUUGCACAAUACGAACAAUUGUAUAGGAAAAAUCCUGAGCUCACUUCCCUCGAAUCUAAGAAACCAGAAAAUCAGAGCAAAAAUCGUUAUCGAGAUAUCUCACCUUACGAUGUCACUCGGGUAAUACUGAUGGGCUCCGCAAACGGCGAUUACAUCAAUGCCAAUUAUGUAAACAUGGAGAUACCAGGAUCGGGUAUUAUUAACAGAUACAUUGCCACUCAAGGACCUUUGUCUUCUACCGUUGCUGAUUUCUGGCAGAUGGUUCUAGAGGCAGGCAGCACCCUAGUUGUAAUGCUAACAACUUUGGUUGAACGUGGCCGAGCGAAAUGCCAUCAAUAUUGGCCUGCGCUCAAUGAAACCCUUACAUUACGAAAUCUUACUCUCACAUCUACGGUGGAAAACGUUGAAGACACCUUUAUAUUUCGGGAGUUCAUACUGCGUGAUAUUAAUACUGGCGAAGAAAGAGAUAUAACGCAUAUGCAGUACUGUAGUUGGCCAGAUCAUGGAGUUCCCAGUGAUUGGCGACAAUUUACAACCUUCACUGAAAGAGUACGGGCAGCUCGAACAGGGAUAGUAGAACCUGGCGUUGUUCAUUGUUCUGCUGGAAUUGGUAGAACAGGUGUUUUAGUGUUAAUGGAAACAGCACUGUGUCUUAUCGAAGCAAAUCAACCAGUGUACCCGUUAGACAUUGUGCGAUCUAUGAGAGAUCAAAGAGCGAUGAUGAUACAAAAUGCUAGUCAGUACAGAUUCGUGUGCGAAGCAGUCCACAAAGCUUACAGCGAAGGCAUAGCUAAACCACUUCCUGAAUUCAGUAGGUGAAAGAAACACAAACUGAAACGCAUUGUAAUUACCAUUUUUCUUACAUUUUACUAAAACAUCACAUCACUAGAGGAUAAUUUUAUACUCGGACAAUAAUAUGCACAUAUAUUAUUGAUUAGUAACAAAGAUAUAUACUAUUUAAAAUAGGUAUUUUCUAUCCUUUUGCGAAUCUAUUUUUCAUCUAGAAACUUAAUUAUCGAGAAAAUAUAACUUUUCGCUCCUCCGAUUUGAGGAGGGUUUUUCAAGAUUUCUCUUUUAAUUUAUAUGAUGUUCUGGUGAAUUAAGUUUACUAACUUAUGUUUAAGUUGAACAUAUAAAUGUCAAAGUAUUAUUUAAAACAAUUUUUUUUAUUAUACUUUAACUGUUAUUACAGAUUUUGAUUUCCAUAUAUGAAAUAAGUUAAAGAGGUACGAAAAGUUAAAUUCCAAACGUUAUUAAUGUUCUUCUUAAAUUGUGAAAAUCAAUUCUUUCCGUCAGCAAUGCUAACAAUGUAAUUUUCGAAUCCUUAAAGGUAUUUACACAUUUUGAAAUGAGCAAAUCAAUUGUAAAUCUUGUUGGACCGUAUUUAAUUAUUUCAGAAAAUCAAAAGUGCUCGCAUAACAUAAAAAAAAUAUUUCAACUUCUAACGAUUCGUCCCUAUUUUUAACGUACAAUUAGACAUGAUACACUACUUAUAGCAAUGAUAACAAUUUCUAAUAACGUAUAUACAGUGUACAGUUUAGUUUUUAUUAAAAAAAGCAAAAACAAAAAAAAUAAACAAAAAAUAAAGCGUCUCUAAAUCUACGCUCAUUUUACGUGUAAAAGUACAAGUUUAACGUGCGUAGUAAAGAAAACUGUUUAAGGAGGAAAUACUAUGGUGUUCUAAUAUUAAACAAAGUUCAAAUUAUUUUGAAAUAAGAUCAAUAUAAAUUAAAAACGAUGACGAAUUUCGAUGUUCUCGUUUCAGUAACUGUUUGAUAAAAUAGUAAAUCGAGAGCGAUGAAAAAUGUACUACACGAAGUACUCCAUCGCGAAAAGAUGCCUCUUUCAGAAUCAUUAACGUCCUUUAAACCUUCUAAUAAUGUUAACAAAGCGCACUAUUUUCUUAUACCUGUACCAUGUGUUCUACUUUCCGCCCAUUUUUGUGUCUUGCAUAUACAACGUCUACAAAAAUUAUGAAGUUACAUCAUUCAUUUUGUAAUGUUUAAAAUUUGUCAUAAACUUAUCUUUCACGCACAAAAACAUAAUCUUUAAGUGGAAAGGACACAUAAUGACAAAAAUUGAACAAAAAAUCUGUUAUAGAACAUUUAUACAAAUACAAAGUCGAUUCACUUUGGCAAUGAUUCAAAUAAAAUCGUGACAUGUCUCGUUUAUGUAUAUAUGUAUAUAUAUACAUUGUAAUCCUUUGCGGUUCUAUAAAGUAUUAAUUAUUGAUAAAUAACUACUUUUAUUUAUGUAGGUUUAAUUAUAAAAAUGUUGACAAAUUACAUAAGAUAAAAAUUGGCUAGAAACCACAAAUACGAAAUAUAUUUCUUGAGAAUUUUCAUUAAUUUAUCGUUCUGAUUGAUAGGAUAAUCGAAUUUAACGAGGUAGAGAAUAUAGAUAUAUAAGUCCAAAAGACCAUUCUUCGAAUACACAAAAUUGGACUGCAAAGGGUCACUACUUUGUUGUUAAAUAUUUUCGAUAAUAAAUAAUUAAAGAUUGGGUGAAUCUGUUAGGCAUAUCAUAACAGUAGACAGGACUGUAAAGGCGCAAUAUCAUUUUGAUACUCUUCAUGUUAUCGAUAAUAACAUUUAUCUAAAUUAUUGACAAUAGUGCCUUCUACAUGUGCAUCCAAAUCGUAGUUACAAAGCGAGAAUGUAUAACUGUUAUACUUUAACAGUUUCACUCGAUGCAGUUUUCUUUACAGUCUCAUUUUACAUUAACAUCGAAUUUCUGUAUAUUUUUUGUAUAAUUGUCCAUAAUUUCUUUUUUUUUAUAAUUUAUCUGUCAACAAUUAUGUAAAUAUAUAUACAUUUCAUUCAAUUCCUAUUUCAUGAACCAUGUUUUCAUAUAAAUUGCGUAAUUAUUUAUUUACAAUUACUAUUGUGUUAAUAGAAAAGUAACACCGUAUGUAAUAACAGUUUUAAGUGUUAUUAUUAGUUUAUAAUUCAAACUGCUUUCGACAAAUGAACAUAAGCAUAGAAAUGUUAAAUUGAUUGAGUAGCAUUUUUGUUAUUAUAUUACAGUGUAUUUGCAAUAUAGAACACUGCACUCGUUUUGAAGAAAUACAAAUAGGUAUAAAGUAAAGAUGUAAUCAAAAGAAAUAGAAAGAUUCUGUAAAAUUCAGAAUUAAUAUUUUAGAAUAUAGUUUCUACACGAUAGGUGCAAAAUACAGUGAUAUACAUGAAAUAGAACAAAAACGUAAUGUGUUUUGUUAUGUUUUUCUUGUAAUUUUCAUGCAAAACAGUAAUAAUAUUCUUAAAAAAAUUGUUACUGUAUUUACAUUGCAUUUUGAAAGAACAUAUACAUGUAUGCCAUAUAGUAUUCAUUUGAUACAAUUGAUCCAAAAGAAUUUUUUCCUACCGCGUAUAUGUACAUAAAAAUAGUACAAAGAAUAUUAAAUAGUUGAUCGAGAUAUUAAGAAACUAUAUUCAUCGAUAUUCAGCUAUGUACGUGCCAAACGAUAGCACCCCAAGCAAAUGCUAAUUAUAAAUAAAGUGCCACAAAUCUUCAGAAUACAGUCAGUAGUUGUCUAGUCUCGUUACUAAUUUGUACUUCUACAAUAUAAAAUAAAAGCAUUUUAUAAUAAUUCAGUGUUCAAUCAUUUUCCUCUUACUGUUUC